AUGCCAUUCACGAAAGGUACCAAGCGUGGUGCCCCGCGCGACUCGCGCAGCGACUCCGAGGACGAGCUCGCCACCAAGCCAACCAAGAAGAACAAGACCUCCGAGACCGAGGGCAGUAAAAGUGGUGUUGACAAGGAGGGCAACGCCUUCUGGGAUCUUUCCAACAAGCGCCGUAUUGGCAUUUCUCAAUUCAAGAACACCACCUUCAUCAACAUUCGCGAGUACUAUGAGAAGGAUGGCGAAAUGCUACCCGGCAAGAAGGGCAUCUCCCUCACUGUAGCCCAGUACGAGACCCUUGUCAAGGUCAUUCCCGCUAUCAACGAGAAGCUCCGCACAAUAGGCCAUGACGUCGAGAACGUCAAGGAAGGCGGCGACGCGCCGACGGCAGUUGAGUCGCUGAAGAAGCCUGUCAAGGAGAAGUCAAAGGCCAAGAAGUCCAACAUCGAGGCCACCAGUGACGAGGAGUCGACGUAG